GCGUGCGGUCGCAUUGCAGCCAGCAGCAACAGCACCUGGUGCGACGCGACACGGCCGAGGGGGGAGGGUACUCCACUGGGCAGCGCGGGCUCGGGGCGCGGUCGCGGCCCAGACACACCCAGAAGACGCAGGCGACGCGCGGUCGUUCCGCUUUGCUGCCCACCCCCUCGUGCCGUCCGCCGCCGCGCGCGCCAUGGGCGACCCGCCGGCGUUCAAGAGGUCCAAGCUCGAGAAGGACGACUACGACUCCGCCUACUGGCCCCGCCCCUCCUCCAAUGCCGCCGCGACCGUUCCCCCCGCCUUCGCCGCCAGUGGGGCGCCGCCGCCGGAGGAGGAGGACGAGGACAUUACGGAGGAGGCGGUGGUCGCCCUCAUCGCCCACCGCGAGCGCGACGUCGAGCGGUGCAAGCUCAAGCUCCUCCACUACCAGUCUCUGUUGGACACCGCGGAGAUGAAGCUGUCGGAGGCGCAGGCGCGGCUCGCCCGGUGCCGGGAUCGCGCGCCCGAUCGCAAGCCGCCGCCGCCGCUGCCGGGCAAGAGGGCACCGACGCCGCCAAACCCGAGGAACCCCAAGCCGUUGCCGCCGCCACCGCCAGAGAAGAAGGCUUCCGCACCCGCGCCGCAGCCAGCGGCAAGGCCGCAGCUCGUCAUCCCGGGAGCCAACACCCGCCCGGUGCCACGCCCAGAGCCCAUGCCUGGGUUGAAGAAGGCGGCCGCUUCGUCAUCUUCUUCAUCGCUGGCGCCGCCAGAGCGGACAAGGACAGAGGACAAGAAGACCAGGAGAAAGAUUGAGAAGGAGCAUCAGAACUUGAUUCCGAGUGUGAAGAAGUCAUCUGCAACGGUGCUUAAAUUCCAUGGUGGCUCUGUGGUCUCAAGCCAACACAAGAGGAAGCUUAGGUGUCUUGAGCUAUGCCCUGUUAAUGAUCAGCUUGUUGUUACCAGUGCGUUGGAUGGAUCGCUUACUCUGUGGCAAGUGCAGCCAAGAGGACCGUCUAUCUCUUUCCUUAGCAGAACAGAUUGCUUUUCUCCAAAGCACAGAUGGCCUGAAGAUAUAGCUUGGCAUCCAGAUGGUGACACAAUUUUUGCUGCAUACAGUGCUGAUGGUGGUGAUUCUCAGGUUUCAAUGAUUAACAUUAUAUCAGGACAAAGGAAAGUUACUUUCCUACCGGAGAAGCCUCACACAAAGGGAAUUAUAAACAACGUAAGUUUCAUGCCCUGGUCUGAUGCAUGCUUUGUGACUGGUGGAAGUGACCAUGCGGUUAUACUUUGGGAAGACAAAGACGAUUCAUGGAAACACAAGAGAGUGCACAAGGAUUUUCAUUCUUCUGCUGUCAUGGGUAUUGCUGGAUUGCAACAGAGAAAAACAAUAUUAUCAGUUGGCUGUGACAAGAGGAUAAUAGGAUUUGAUCUAUCUGCUGGAAGGACAGAGUUCAAGAACCUAAUUGAUAGCAAAUGCAUGAGCAUAUCAACAAAUCCAUGCGAUUUCAACUUAUACAUGGUGCAGACAGGGGUGCCAGGCAGGCAGCUCCGCUUGUUUGACAUCAGGCUUCGGCAGACUGAGGUUCAUGCAUUUGGUUGGAAGCAAGAGAGCAGUGAGUCUCAGUCAGCUCUAAUUAACCAGUCAUGGUCUCCCGAUGGCUGGUACUUAUCAUCUGGCUCAGCAGACCCCGUGAUCCACAUCUUCGACAUCAGGCAUCAUGGCCAGAACCCCUGCCAGUCCGUGCAAGCACACCAGAAGCGAGUGUUCAAGGCUGUAUGGCACCAAACAUUCCCAGUUCUAACCUCUAUAUCAUCAGACCUUAACGUCGGAAUCCACAAAUAUUCGUGAAAGAGCCAUCACGUUUUGGGCUGAUUUUUUGUGCAGUGGAUCAGCACUGCUUUUUGUUUGUAGUGAAGUAGCGACGCUCGGUGAAGACCCAGGAAUUUUGUUUGCCCAAAGGAGGAGUUGUAUGGAUCAUGUUAAAUAAAAGUAACACAUCAGUUGAAGAAGCAGCAAAAUCAGCACGUUUUAAGCUAUUUCGCUGGCCCUGCUAGGCCAUUGGCUUUCAAAGCGGCAGAGCGAUGCAUCUGAAGAGCCCCACAGUUGGAAGUUUGCUCCUGUUGAUUGAAACAUUUCCACCUUUUGAGCUGCUGCGACUGAGACUGCUAGGCUGUUGGCUCUCCAAUCUGCCAACCGCCAGAGUGGUAUGCAUAUGAAGAGGCUUCAGUUGAAUGUUUUGCCCUUUUUACUUGGGAAGAAAAAAGAACUGUAGUGGGGAAAACCAUAUAUAUGUCCAAUCUAUUCAACAAUGUAUUUCCUCAUCUGCUACUUCCUUUUUGCAUUGUUUUUGCUCUUGUUGAGUGGUUUACAGGCUGUUUAAGGUCAAAAAUAUAAUGUCAAGUGGAAGGAGCUACCGAAUUGUCCAAAAAUGCUGAUGCAUAUGAAGGUGCCUAUGCUGGAUUUUGUAUUGGGUAAUAUUGGAGUAUUUUGGCAGUUGGCCUCCUGCUCCA